AUGAGUGAAUCAGCUGCUGAUCCCAACACCAAGCCUUCAUCAUCAGCAAUGAAGCUAUUCGGUUUUUCACUUACGGCCCAUCCCUGUGAAAAUGGAGUGGCGGUAACGAAGAGCAAGAAGUUUGAGUGUCACUACUGCGGUCGAGAGUUUGAGAAUUCUCAAGCAUUAGGUGGCCAUCAAAACGCACACAAAAGAGAAAGGAAGGUAGCAAGGAUGGCCAUGUUGGAGAACGAGGAGGAUUAUCAACAUCAGCCAUACCAACACCUUCCUCCUCCUCAACGUAAUCAACUGUUUCCAACAGGUGUACGGUACUCCAUUAUCAACCCUAUAUUCGUUACGACUUCUGGCCAGUCCACAACCACAACCAUCAAUUAUAUUGGCAACGGUGGUGCUAAUGUUGGUACAGGUUCGGUACUGCUCCCUAAAGAUUAUGAAGGAAAUGAUGAGGUCAUUGAUCUGCGUUUGAGACUUUAA